CUUGCAUGACGAGUAGACUUCCCCCCUUCAUUCAGGAAGCGGUCUGGUUGGUGUGCUGUUUAUUUGCAUUUCUGAUCAUUAUUUAAUCGCGUUUAUGCUGCCCGGCAUUCGCUUGUGUGCAUGUACCUUUGCACCAUCGUGUAGCUUGCCGUGGCCGGGGUGCUCGCAGGUUCUGGGAAGGCGUUCUGAUUCGGUCCAGUGUUGUCAAAGGCUGGCAGGCACUCCAGGGCUCCUCUUGACCCCAGACUGUUUCUCUGUCUUCUGUAGUUUGCUGAGGGUUAUGGCUUUAAGGGCAUGCGGCCUCAUCAUAUGCAGAAGGCUGAGUGGGAGUGCACUGAAGAGGGGAGAGGAAGUAGAAUUCCUGCUGCUUCAGACCUCUUAUGGGAAACAUCACUGGACUCCCCCCAAAGGACACGUGGACCCCGGGGAGGAUGACCUGCAGACCGCUCUGAGGGAGACGCAGGAAGAGGCGGGGCUGGGGGUGGAGCACUUCCGCAUUCUGGAGGGCUACAAGAAGGAGCUGCGCUACAUGGUGAACAGCCAGCCCAAGACUGUGGUGUACUGGCUGGCGGAGCUGUGCGACAGCGGCACUUCAGUCCGUCUGUCCGAGGAGCACCAGGAUUACCGCUGGCUGGGGGUGGAGGAGGCUUGCCAGCUCUCAGAGUAUAAGGACUUGCAGGAAGCCUUGAGAGAGGCACACAGCUUUGUACUGAACAGACAAGAGCCACUCUGAUCUACA